AUGGAAUUCCUUGGAUGCACCCUAGUGAUUCUUCUUACAAUUUUUCAGACUGUCAAGGGUUAUGGCACUGGGUGGACUAGUGCCCAUGCAACAUUCUAUGGAGGUGGUGAUGCAUCUGGGACAAUGGGUGGUGCUUGUGGAUAUGGGAAUCUCUAUAGCCAGGGGUACGGGACAAACACAGCUGCACUUAGUACUGCUCUUUUCAACAACGGCUUGAGCUGUGGAGCCUGCUACGAGAUUAAGUGUGUAAAUGACAAGAACUGGUGCUUACCAGGGUCCAUUAUUGUCACAGCCACUAAUUUUUGCCCACCAAACAGUGCUCUUCCUAACAAUGAUGGAGGGUGGUGUAACCCUCCCCAGCAACACUUUGAUCUUUCUCAACCUGUUUUCCAAAAGAUGGCUCAGUAUAAAGCUGGAAUUGUGCCUGUCCAGUAUAGAAGGGUUGCUUGCAGAAAGAGUGGUGCUAUCAGAUUCACGAUUAAUGGGCACUCCUACUUCAAUCUGGUUCUUAUAACCAAUGUGGGUGGAGCUGGUGAUGUAGUCGCAGUUUCCAUAAAAGGGAGUAAAGGCAAUUGGCAGGCAAUGUCUAGGAACUGGGGCCAGAACUGGCAGAGUAACUCCAACCUGAAUAAUCAAGCCCUCUCUUUCAAGGUCACAACCAGUGAUGGACGAACUGUGGUCUCCAACAACGUGACUCCAUCCACCUGGGCUUUUGGCCAAACCUACACAGGAAGCCAUAGCGUAAUAGUGGUUGAGAUUGCUGUUGGACAGAGAGAAAUUGGUGGUAUUAAUAUUAUGGGUUCUGCAAAAGAAGGAGUAAUGGUAAUCGAAGAAGAAGAAGUUGAAGAAGGAGAUCAUGUUGAAACCACCGAUUACUACUUCGAUAAGAUCGGCAAACCUAUUCCCAUCCUCAGAGACCAAACUUUUUCCCCUUUUCAUCCGCAGAGCAACUACCUUCCUUCUCGCCCUCUCGCUCUCUCCGAAAUCCACCGCCUCAUCUUCCUCGCCCAUCCCUCCGGGUUUUUGGUUGCGAGGACAAAAGAUGCCAUGGAUGCCGCUAUAGAUACUAAGGAAAAAGGCAGCAUUUCUUCUUCUUCUUCUUCUUCCAUUCAAGACCUCAGUCUUGUGGAUGUUCCCAUUGGGAAAGUUCACAUUUUGACACUCUCUACUGACGACUCCACUCUUGCUGUUUCCUUUGCUGCUGAUAUUCAUUUCUUCAAUGUCCACUCCCUUCUCAAUAAAGACCUAAAACCGUCUUUCUCCUGCUCACUGACCGAUUCGUCAUCUACUGUCAAGGGCAUACAAUGGAGAAGGAGACUGGACAAUUCUUACCUUGUUAUUUCAAAUCAGGGGAAGCUAUAUCAUGGUGCUCUUGCUUCUGGCACCCCUACUCUUAAACACGUAAUGGACAAUGUUGAUGCCGUUGAAUGGAGUCUAAAAGGAAAAUUUAUUGCGGUCGCAAAAGAGAGUAUUCUCAGCAUUUUGUCCUCAAAAUUCAAGGAAACUUUCAGCAUAUCCUUACCAUUCAAGUCAUGGAUUGCUGAUUCUGAUGAUAACCGCAUUGUCAAAGUGGAUUCUAUCAGAUGGGUACGUAAUGAUAGUAUAAUUGUGGGAUGCUUUCAGCAAACUGCAGAUGGAAAGGAAGAAGAUUACCUUCUUCAAGUAAUCAGAAGCAAAGAUGGCAAGAUUACUGAUGCUUCUUCCAAGCCAAUCGUGCUAUCAUUCUAUGAUCUAUUUUCGGGCCUUGUUGACGAUAUUGUGCCCCAUGGAGGUGGACCUUAUUUAUUCCUGAACUAUUUAGAACAAUGUGGGCUUGCAAUUACAGCUAACAAGAAGAACACAGAUCAGCACAUUGUUUUACUUGGUUGGUCAGUGGAGGAUGAGAUGAGUAAAAUUGCAGUCGUUGAUAUUGAACGAGAUACGUGGCUCCCAAGGAUUGAGCUUCAAGGAGCUAACGUUCCACCAGAAGUUGAUUCUGCCCUUCAGGAUGAGGAAGAGGAUACUGCUUCUUUGGAACCUGAAGGAAGUGAUCAGUUGUCUAAUCUUUCUUCUGGGUUGCAUGAAGAAACAUUGGAAGAGGUGGCUCUGGGUCUUCAAAUGCAACAUGUGAGCAACAAGGAACUAAACAUUAAUAAACAUGGUGAAAUUCCUACACAGAAGUACCUUGUGCCUUCUGACAAGAAUGAGAGUUCAAUGACUGCCUUUGUUACUGAGCAAAUAACCUACAAACACGAUAUUCCUGAAAAAAUGGAACUAAAAUCACUUUCUGGGCAACAAAGUGCAAAAUUAGGGCAGUCAUCUUUGAAGGCCUCAUUCCCAGAGGUUGAUUCUGCCCUUCAGGAUGAGGAAGAGGAUACUGCUUCUUUGGAACCUGAAGGAAGUGAUCAGUUGUCUAAUCUUUCUUCUGGGUUGUGUGAAGAAACAUUGGAAGAGGUGGCUCUGGGUCUUCAAAUGCAACAUGUGAGCAACAAGGACCUAAACAUUAAUAAACAUGGUGAAAUUCCUACACAGAAGCAUCUUGUGCCUUCUGACAAGACUGAGAGUUCAAUGACUGCCUUUGUUAGUGAGCAAAUAUCCUACAAACACGAUAUUCCUAAAAAACUGGAACUAAAAUCACUUUCUGGGCAACAAAGUGCAAAAUUAGGGCAGUCAUCUUUGAAGGUCUCAUUCCCAGAGGGACCUACAGAAACUCACAGAUUUGCUGGCUUUGGAUCUGGAUCUGCUUUUUCUGGAAAGGUUUCAACCAAUGCCCACAGCCUAUCAAGUCAUAAGGACUUAUCAAACAAUGUUGAUCUUCCUAAGGAACCUCCUAGGGGAAUUGGAUCUACUGCCCAAUCUCAGUCAUGGUCGAGUGGAAAAGUUGUCUUUUCAGAGGUUUCUGGAAGCAGAUCUUCAUUUUCAACUUCUACUUUGAUUCAAGGGAAUAGACCUGAUAAAAUUAAUGUCCAUGUUGGUGGUACGAAUGUUCCUGGUGACCUUGGUGGUAAACCUUUUCGCUUGAAGGAUACUGCUGGGGAACCAACUUCUACCAAUGCUUCUGUUAGACCAGCACUUAAUGGGCAACACAGAGGUUCAAUUGUGGCAGGGAAAAUUGAGUCAUUGCCUACCUUACAAAGCUCACAGUUAUCAUCUCAUGAAAAGUUUCCCUCAGCAAGGUCUCCAAUCCACAGACCCCAGUCUUUAAAAGAUGACUACAAAGCUUCAUCCCUGAGGAGUUCUGAGCCAAACUUAUCAAAACAAUUCUGUAAUAUUAAAGAUCUGGCCAAAGAGUUGGAUAAACUUCUGGAAUGCAUUGAAGAAACAGGUGGUUUCAGGGAUGCCUGCACUGUGUUUCUGAGAAGCUCAGUUGAAGCUUUGGAGGAGCGCAUGGGAAAUCUUUCUGAAAAGUGCAGAACAUCAAAGAGUGUGAUGGAUGAGCAAAUUAGAAAGAUCCAGCAUCUUCUAGAUAAAACUGUGCAAGUUUUGGCGAGGAAAAUAUAUGUAGAUGGUAUUGUUAAGCAAGCUUCUGAUAGCCAAUAUUGGGAACUCUGGAAUCGCCAAAAGUUGAGCCCUGAAUUUGAGUUGAAGCGGCGGCAUAUACAAAAACUAAAUCAGGAGUUGACUAAUCAGUUGAUUCAAUUGGAGAGACAUUUCAAUAGCCUCGAACUUCAGAGUUUUGGUGGAAAUGCUGGAUUUCACACAGAUCGGAGAGCUUUGCAGAGUAGAUAUGUACCUUCAAGGUAUAGUUCGUAG